AUGGCACAUAAUCAAGCAAUGGUAGGGUCUGUCAAUAGACACAUAUUCGGUAUCUAUAAAAGUUUGAUAAAGGAAUUGGUUAGGAAUGAAAGAAGUGCAAGAAUAAAACAAACAUUAGAGGAUAACAAAAGGCAUGUUUCAUUAUUGCUGUAUAAAAAAUCCCAAAUUUUACGCAAUCUAGAAUUCCAAUCAAAACAAAAUUCGUUCGUUGAUAGGAAAAAUGACUUGACGGUUAAAGCAUAUCAUGAUCUGAAUAAAAUAGAGAACAGGAUCAAAUCUUUAAAAUCGGAAAAUCCUCGAACUGAUAAAAGUCUCUUGUUCUUAAAUGAUUCCGAACCGAUUAAAUCAAUCUUUAAAAAUGUUCUUUCAAUGGAACAUAAGAGAGGCAAUAAUACGAGAGAUUUGCAACAUUUUAAAGAUACCAUUGAUUUCUUGAAAAAUCAAAGAGAAUAUCAGCAAUUAGUGGAAUUGUAUUUUGCUGAUUCCAACCUAACUCAAGCUGAAAAAAUCAAAAGAACGGCAAAUAGAGUAGGUUUGGAUACUCCGAGAUAG